AUGCCGACCGUCAGGGCUACUCUUACCUUCAUAGAACUAUCUAAAACGCUCAAUCUUGGAGGAAAUAUCAUUCCACGUUCUCUCGUGGCAUCCAAUAAUUCCUCCAUCUCCUUAGUUAAUGGCAUCAAAUCUAUCUUGAAUAAUAGUGGCAUCCUGGCAGGUGUCUCCAUGAAUGUUAGCCAGGCACCUACCCAUUCUAAUGCUGUUCAUCCAGAAUGGCGCAACUCCUUGUUUCUGGCGUUCCUGGGCACGCAAGUCGUUCUCACCUUUGUACAAAGCCUAAUGUAA